GUGCAAGGCGCAAAGACCCUACUUUAGUUAGCUCUUGGUUAGCUGCUGUAAAACCCUUUUGCAACAUAGAACCCUAGUUAGCAAAGCUGUAACAAAGCUUGGAAAUUAACUAGGUAUAGUCAAUUCCCGAUUUAGAUUAAUUACAGUGGUCUGGAGUUUGUGGCUGUGGCGUAUGGCCAACCUACUAGAGCCCUUCAUGCGCAUUUCGCCAGAGGUAGAAGCUGCCUUGGCUGAAGGCCGCCCAGUAGUUGCACUUGAGAGCACUAUAAUCAGUCACGGAAUGCCUUGGCCUGAUAACUUAGCAACGGCCCUGGAAGUAGAAGGCGUAGUACGCGAUGCCGGGGCAGUGCCAGCCACCAUCGCCAUCAUCCAGGGCGUGCCCCACAUCGGCAUGCAGCGCGAGCAGCUUGAGCACAUUGCCCGAAGAGGGACGGCCGUACAAAAGGUUUCGCGCCGAGACCUGCCUCUGGUCUUGGCAAAGCGCAUGGACGGUGCGACAACGGUGUCUGCCACUGCAGCGCUCGCCGCUCUAGCCGGAGUCCACGUCUUUGUAACGGGAGGUAUCGGCGGUGUGCACCGCGGCGGCGAGGUGACCAUGGAUGUGUCAGCUGACCUUACGGAGCUUGGUCGCACGCCCAUCGCUGUCGUGUGCGCGGGCGCAAAGUCUAUUCUUGACAUUCCCCGCACUUUGGAGGUGUUAGAGACGCAGGGUGUGGCGGUGGCUGCCUACGGCACGGACGAGUUCCCCGCCUUCUUCACCCCUCGAAGUGGCUGCAAGGCGCCCGCACGUGUCGACUCGGCCGAAGAGGCUGCCGGCAUGCUGGCCUCCCUGCGGCGACUGGGUCUGGGCAGCGGGAUGCUGGUGGCGGUGCCGGUGCCCUCGGAGCACGCGGCGGAGGGCGAGGAGGUGGAGGCCGCCAUCCACACGGCGCUGCAGGAGGCGGAGCAGCGGGGCAUCAAGGGAAACGAGGUGACUCCCUUCCUGCUGGAGCGGGUGCGCUCGCUGACGGGCGGCCGCUCGCUGGCCGCCAACAUAAAGCUGGUCAAGAACAACGCGCGCGUGGGGGCGGCCAUUGCACGGCAGUACGCGGCGCAGCUGAGGGCGCAGGACAGGCGGGAGCAGGAGCAGCAGCAGCAGCGGGGGAGGAGCAGCGGGAAGCAGGUUCCAGUGCUCCGAAGCAAGUUGUGAGAGGGCUUGUAAGCGUGACUUGCUGUGUGCGGAGCUGCGGGGGCAUUGGGGUUGAGGAGUUCGCAGGUGUGGUGGUGGGAGUACCGUAGUAGGCAAUGGGGGUUGAGGGUGAUACUGCAUGGGAGGCGGGGAGAGGGGUGGAGAGCGCAGAUGGUGUACCUGAAUGACUGGGGGUACCGAUAUACCGGUAGUACUGAGGGCAUGUGGCGGUGGUGUGUUGCACCGGAGUGGUGUUGCCGGUUUCGUGUUUGGAUGAAAGCUGCUGUUCUGGUAGCGGUUGAGGUUGGUGGUUGGCAGUUGUCGCGAUGGCAGGUGGGAUCUCCCGUGUGGCCGCGGGGGUGGAGCUGAGGCGCGUGCAGCGCUUGCGAGCGAGCGAGCUGGCGGUUACUUGAUUGCCCGUGGUGUCAAAGUUGCUCGGAUGCUACGCAGGAUGUGAACGGAGAGGGAGUAAUGUCCGGUGGUGUUGGGUGUGACGAGCCCCAGCCCGCUUGGAAAGACAGGCCCCAGGUCCUAGUGGCCGUGGCGGAAGACAAGGCGGGCGGAGACAUCGGUUCGCUGCUUCUGUCUGUUUCUUAGGUUCCUAGGCUCCAAGUUGUGAAGGAUCGCAAGCUUCUGCCGCCCAACAAGGCGUUAUGGAAUGUACGGGCUCGGAACGAUGCCUGCAACGGUAGCUGAAUGAGGAUACGGUACACUAGCUCACACCGCAAGCAAUGCUCCUCCCAAGCAAGCUACCUCCAUAUAUGCUGCAGACGUGCAGACCCA